AUGAGCUGGUUCUGGAGUUCCUCGCAGAAAGCGCAGUCUGACGACCCGUUAAAUAAGCUCGAUCCAUCAUUACGAGAUUUUCUGGACAAAGAAACACCGUCAAAACACGAGACGCACGACGGCGACAAUCAGAGACUAUCACGCGACACGCAAGAAAUUUCAGCUACAGGCGAUGCUCAUUCACCAACCCAGGAUCCUGCAGCGGCACCUGUAGCACCUCCUCAAUCGCUCUAUCAAGAUGGGCGUUAUGCGCAUUUGUGGAAAACGUAUGUAAAUCACCAAGACAUCGAGAAUGCCGCCAAAUCAGAUGCGGAUAGGCUGGCAGAGAUUGUCAGUGUCUAUAAAGAGCGGAAGGCAGAGAUUGGCCGCGCGGCUCUAGAAAACUGCGUCGACUUUCAGCUUGGAAUCAAGGAGUGCUUCAGCUCAGGAACAUGGACUCAAAAAGCUGGAAUGUGUAAGGAGGAAAACAAGGCUUUCAACCGAUGCUUUGAGAUGCAAAGUCGCUUCCUCAAGGCACUCGGAUAUCUUGCCAUACAGCGAUCUGCGGAGGACGAUGAGCGGAUACAAAUGCACGCGGACAAACUCUAUCACGAGAUGCUGGAUAGAGAGCGCAAGAUCGCGGAAGCGAAAGCGCAAGGCCUCGAGGAGCCGAGCCUACCUCCGUUGAUCGAACCGCAGGCUACAAUGAAGGCACUUGGAACAGACAGCGCGUGGGCGCAAGCACGAAUGAUUGCACAAGAAAAGGGACAAGAGCUUAAGUUGAGCUCGUUCUCGCCAGACAAGCAGGCCGAGAUAAGGGCGCGACUGAAGGGCAAAUCGAAGGCUGAGCAGCAACUGGAACUACAGCUCGUUGCGGGCGAAAGCCGAGCCACCCUGGACUACGCCAUACGGAUUCGUGAGCAAAUGGAGGAGGAAAGGAAGAACAGAGCCGAUCGGCGAGCUCGUGGAAAGGAGACUUUCGGCGACACCAUCAAGAGAUACUGGGGCUGGGAGCAAUAG